UUACUAAUCAACUUCACCCAAGCCCUAAUUGCCGGGGACCUCCUCCUCCAACGCCGCCGCCGCUCUAAUUCCUCCCUCCCUCACUCCAAGCCUCUACUCCAUCACCAGUCUCCCGCCGUCGCCACGCCGCGGUCGAGGGUCUAGUCCGCCUUUCCUGGCGCCGCCGGAGGGUGACGACCGCCGGCGACCGGAACGGACUUCGCUCGAGCUGCAGUCUCCCGCCGUCGCCACGCCGCGGUCGAGGGUCUAGUCCGCCUUUCCUGGCGCCGCCGGAGGGUGACGACCGCCGGCGACCGGAGCGGACUUCGCUCGAGCCGCAGUCUCCCGCCGUCGCCACGCCACGGUCGAGGGUCUAGUCCGCCUUUCCUGGCGCCGCCGGAGGGUGACGACCGCCGGCGACCGGAGCGGACUUCGCUCGAGCCGUACGCCUACGCCGACUCCGGUGGCCACUCCAUUACACAACAUGGAUGCUCACCACGUCAGCAUAGAGGAAAUUGAAGAAUAUUACAUGGUGGUUAGUCAAACAUUCACAAGAGCGAGGAACAAGGUUUCGAGUUCUAUAACAGAUAUGCUAAAGCCAAAGGGUUCAGCGUGAGGAAGGCCAAUGUGAAAAACAAGGGAGGCAUAAGAAUCCAAAGGUUGUACAUGUGCAGCAAAGAAGGAUAUAGGUCCUUGAAAAACUUUGAAAGGUCCAACCGGAAAAGGAAACCAAGGGCACUCUCUCGUUGUGGAUGUGACGCUCAACUGCAAAUCGAGCUCAAUAUGGAAACCCGUGAAUGGUUUGUCAAGGACUUUGUGGACCAACAUAACCAUGAAUUCACUAAGCCUGACCAGACACCUUUCUUAUGGUCUCAUCGUGGACUUAAUGAUCCUCAAAAGGCUGAUGCCAUUGAGUAUGGUAUUGGUGGUCUACGCACACAUCAGAUAAUGGACGUAAUGGAGAAGCAGCAUGGUGGGUAUGACAAAGUCGGUUGUGUGUCUCGGGACCUAUAUAAUUUUAUUGCUGAGUACAAGAAGCAAAGGAUUGAAGGUUUUGACGCCCAAUACAUGCUGAACUAUAUGGCUGCGCAGGAAGAGAGAGAUUCUGAAUUCUUUUACAGGUACAGCACAGACAGCGAAGGCCAUCUGCAGAACCUUUUUUGGUCAGACGCGCAGUCCCGGUUGGACUAUGAUGCCUUUGGUGGUGUUGUUGUGUUUGACAGCACGUACCGUGUAAACAAAUAUAACUUGCCAUUUGUCCCAUUCAUUGGAUUGAACCACCAUCGCAGCACAGUUGUCUUUGGGGUCGGCAUUGUAUCAGACGAGACCGUGGCAUCAUAUAAGUGGCUGCUCCAUUCAUUUUUGGAGGCGAUGCACCAGAACCAUCCCAGGUCCGUGAUCACUGAUGGGGACCAUGCAAUGGCGAGAGCAAUAUUGCAGGUAUGGCCGAACACAGACCAUCGGCUGUGUAGCUGGCACAUCGAACAAAAUAUGGUACGCUACCUUCGGAACCCGAAGCUCAGCGACUUUAGAAAAUUGAUUUACCGUGCUUUCGAGGUUGAUGAGUUUGAGAGAGGUUGGCUCCAGUUCAACAAACACUAUGGGAUAACGGAAAAAGACACGUGGAUCUGCAGGAUGUACGAGCUAAGAAAGAAGUGGUCUGCAGCCUAUACCAAAGGGAGGUACUUCCUGGGCAUGAGAAGUAAUCAAAGGAGCGAAAGUCUAAAUUCUACGCUUCAUGUGCAGCUGGACAGGAGAAUGAGACUUAUUGAUUUGCUGCAACACCAUGAGCAUUGCAUCUCAGUUAUGCGAAGGAAUGAGGCUGCAAUGGAUGCCGUGGCCUCGCAGACGGUGCCCUUCACUGAAUUAACAGCUGACCCACUGGAGAAAAAUGCGUCAUAUAUCUACACCCCUAUAAUGUUCGAGAAGGUUAAGGGGGAGAUCGUGAGGUUAUCAAAAUGGCAAGUCGAGGAGGUGAACAAGGAAGAUAGUUUGACGAGGUUUGCAGUUGUUCAUAAAGAGCGCAGGCAAGUAAGAUUUGAUGUGAGGUGUGUUUAUGUGGGCUCGGUGAUAGCGAGUGUGCACUGCCAAUGCCGGAAGAUGGAGAGUGAGGAUAUUCCAUGCACACAUAUAUUUGCUAUUCUGAAGUGCGUUGGGUUAGACACCAUUCCUAGUUGUUGUGUUGCUAAAAGAUGGACGAUGAAAGCCAAGCCUGCCUUCGAUUCAGACAGGAGUGCCAGUACGCAGCAAUGGUCAGAACGGAUGGAUCGUUUCCAUGAGCUCCGUAACGAUGCAAGUGUUGCUUUUUUUAAGGCUUCGAAAUCCGCAGCGCAAUCAGAGAGGGUGAUGGCAUUUCUCAACAGUAUUAUUGAUGAGGGUGAGAAUGACGAGAAUACUAACAUAGCAUCAUUUGGUCCUUUGCCGGCAUAUUUUUCUGGGGCACGCCAAACCUUCACAACUAAAGUUCUGGAUCCAAUACCAAUUAUUCCAAAAGGUGCUCCAUCGAAGGGCAGGUUGAAGCCAUUCCAGGAGACUAUGAAGAAAAAGAAGCCCAAACAUGACUGCGGGCAAAGUUGGACAGGCGUUAAUUAUGCUGAAGAGCCACACAUCAGUGUUGAAUCAGCUAUCUACUUGUCUAAACUUUUUAAAAGUGUCAGGAUUUUCAAGUGUCUUGAUAACAUGUUUGGUACACUCAUUGGCCUGGUGAAGGAGCUUAAGCCAUUGCUACUAAAACACCAUGCUGAAACCUAUAGUCAGUUUGGCCAUGCAAAUCUGAACAUGCAGGACAUUAUGCAUCAACAGAGAUGUCUGGGUUAUCGUUUUGAAGACUUCAUCUCAGCCUACAAUAAUUCAGGGAAGGAGCAAAAGUCAACCUUCAGUAACCUUUCACCUGAAUUACAGAGUGCUGCUAAGAGCCCCAAGCAUGCAGACAAAAAGUUCACUACGAAAGGAGCUACCAGUAAAGAUGUAAAAGAGGCCGAGGAUGAAUCCCCAAACCUUUUCCACAAAUCUGAGGUAAGCUCACAUACGAAAUUAAUUAUUUGCAAGUCCAGUUGUUUUCUAUAA